GGCGGUUUCACUGUUCUCUGCAGCUCGCGACGCCUCCCUAUCUACAACGCGCCGACCCGCGCCGCAGCACGAGUUAUAUACUUUUUGGGGCGCGCAGAGAGAUGUGCUCUGCGCCGCUGCGGCCCGGGCCCAGGUGGCGCACUUCAGACUAACUUUUUGUUACCUUCGGGGGCGGACGGGGAAGCACUGGUGCGCCGGGGAGGUCAGGGGGGGAUUUGUUGCCGCGAGAUGCGAGCCGAACAGCCUACAGUUUCACAUCCUCAUGAGGCUGAUGUCUAUUGUUUUCACUCCUCGCGAGAAGAUCUCGCACGAACUGUUGCGUGGAGGUGGCGUAUGGCUGACCCACACCACAGCGACAAAUCAAGCCGAGAAGUUUUUUGUACCUGAACUAUUGGGGGGCGGCGGAACCUCGCGCCCCCCCAGCACCCGACACGCUGGCCGGACGUUGCCAGGGGGUGUCCCUGGCCCAUCUGAUAGCAACUGGCGCACGCCCUGUCCAAAGAUUCGGCGGGGCGUCGGACGCGGCUCCCGCGGUUUUGAGCACCUCCGCGCGGGAGGCGGCGGUCUGGCAGCUGGGCGAGGGGCAUCCCUGGGAGAGGCGGCGAGAGCGGCAAUCAUUGAUCUUGUUAUUUGAACAGUUUGGGGUUCUAAGAAAGUUCCGUGGUAGGCAUUUAGGAAUGCCGGGACGGUCGGUCCCUGCUCCAGAGUAGGAGGAGCAAGCAUUCCAUAUCGGGGAAUGGCUACCAUAUGAUGGCUGCCAGCGACGCGAGUUUGCAUUGUUUCUGCACGUCUUAGCAGUUCGGUAAUUCGUGGCGACGCUAGCUGAGAAGUUCCCUGGUGCUGAUUACCGCCAGCCCAGCGAGCCACAAUUCACCAUAGUUGUCAUCUGCCCACUUCCUCCUCUACCCAUCUCGGU